GCUACAUGGCCUGAAGGGGUUAAUAUUGACGUUUUCCGCUUUGAAAGGGGCGGAGCCUAAGAGAUCGCUGGCUCCGAAGCAGCAUACUAUCAUGCUAAAUAGUAUGGCAUAAUAGUACGCAACCUAAGGUUUGAUAUACUAGUUAGUACGGUAGUAUGCGCAUGCACACUCCCAGUCGCGCGAUGAUGACUAAACAGAUAGCGGUAACAUUGGACAAUUUGUACCGUAACAGUUGAGUCAUUUUUAGUUUGGUGUGCGCGUGAUGAUUUGAUGUAGCUAUUUUUUUUUUUUAGUUGGGAGUACAUUUAGAAACAUUUAUUUUACUUUAGCUAAUGUGUUUUGCGGCCUUCGAAUUAAGUAAAUUAUUCCUAUUAUUGAAAAAUUAGAUUUACAAGAUUAGAUUUUCAGAGAAAGAAAGAUGUUCGAGACACAAAGGUACUUCUUCCUUCUCCUGGAUGUCACCUGCGUUGUCCUUGGAUUUCAGACAUCUAGGCCACUCUGAACACCUUGUUGUACUGGACUUCCAUUUGCAGUAUUAAAUUUACAACACAACCCAUUCAAAAGAGGAUUUUUUUGCAGUGAUGACACAAUCAAGUACCCGUACAAAGAAGAUACUAUAUCUUAUCAGCUGCUAAUGGGAAUAAUGAUUCCAUUCACAUUAUUUGUAAUCACUGGUGGAGAGUGUAUUUCUAUAUAUCUCAGAUCCAGAUCCUCCUUAAUCAAUGACUAUGUAGCCUGCAUCUACAAAGCUGUUGGGUCAUUUAUUUUUGGAGCAGCAAUAAAUCAGUCCCUGACUGACAUUGCAAAGUACACCAUUGGUCGGCUGAGGCCACAUUUCCUGAGCAUAUGCAAGCCCAACUGGAGCCUUGUGGAUUGUAAAUCAGGUUACAUUCAGAAUUUCACAUGUACAGGAGACAAGACAUUGGUCAAUGAAGGCAGGCUUUCAUUUUUUUCUGGACAUUCUUCCUUUUCAAUGUAUUGUAUGCUGUUUGUUGCACUGUACCUGCAACUGAGAAUGAAAGCAGAAUGGGCCCGGUUGAUAAGGCCGACUAUCCAGUUCUUCUUAAUUUCAGCAUCUGUGUAUGUGGGUCUGUCACGAGUCUCAGACUACAAACAUCACUGGAGUGAUGUUCUCACUGGAUUCAUACAGGGAGCCAUUGUGGCAGUAUUUAUCGUGAGUAUUUUGCAGGUGAUCUGCGUGUCAGAUUUCUUUAAAACCCAGCUCAAAAGGGACAAAGAGGAAAUCUCACACACCACCCUGCAGGAGACCACGAAUGAUAUGAACCACUAUGGGAGCACUGAGUGAAAAGGAGACUAAAUUGCUUGAAAAUUCAGACCACGUCCAUUAGAAAAGGAGAGUUGACCAGGACAAACAGCUGUUUCUGAAACCUCAAGUAUAGUCAUACAUGUCAAUAUUUCACUGGCCAAACCUACUGGAAGGUUUUAAACUGCAAAGCAACCACAACUGAAUCUGGAUUCUUCUGAAAUUGUUUCAGUCUUUCCUCUACGUAAAAUGAACUGUCCCAUUGAAAAUCCAUUUGUAAUGGAAGGUUAUGCAUAUAACUGUGGUUGUACAACUGAGUGGAGGCCCACCACAAAUAUUUCUUUCAGACCUACUGGAGUCUUUCUUGUUCUUGUUCCUUGUAGAGUGCAAAUACCAAAGUCAUCACCUUGUGACUGUGACCUCAUGUCGCUAGCUUAUAAUACGUCUUAUCCACGCACAUUCAUUCUGGCUAUUCUCAUCAAAUGUCGUAGAAUCAUAAGUGCAUAAUGAUUGCAUUACAUACAUACAUAAUCCUCUGUUGUACUUCCUUACACCCCAGACUGCCACGGUGGUUUCUUUAAUAACUAGUGGAGGCUGCAUAUAAAAAUCAUCACAAUGGUUUGUAACACAUCUUGAUAGCAUACUCUGUAAGAUAAUAACAGACAGCACUCCCCAAUAGUACUGAUAUUCUUUAUUAAUGAUGAGAAGCUCUUGAAAUGUUUACACUAUUUUUUGUGGUUCUGAUAUUGUGAAAUCACUUCAAGUGAAGCUACUCUACUCUAUUUGAAAAUGGGAAUCACUGAAAAUACUGAUAAUGUUAUAUAUACUGAAGAUAAGAAUCAUUCAACAUUCUUAUACACUGCUCUUUAUUGAGGAUAAGACUUACUCAUAUUAACAGUGUAUAGUGGGACCAAUGAAGCAAUGUUCAGUCCGUAAAUUGUGGUGAAAGUAAAGGGUGAGUUCCAUAUUGCCGCUUUGCAACUGUCUGAACGUGCCACUGAGUGGUUGGCCAUAACGUAAUGGCAUUUUUUGGAAGAAAGUACCUUUUGACUUGUGUUCAAGUAUGCCGGUUUAAUCAGAUCUUUUAUGCAAUUAUCUGUCUUUAGACAGUGGAGCUCUUGUAACCCCAGUGUCCCAAAAAGUGUCCCUUGAUUUUUGUUUGUAGGGCUACAUUAUCAUUUCUUACUGUUUCGAGCUCAACACAAGUCCGUGCAAUUAACUUUGUGCACCUGCUGAAGUUAUUGCAGUUAUUUUGUAAAUGAUAGUUUUUUGGUUUUUUUUGUAUAUUUUCCAAGGGGUAUUCACUUCCACAUCUGUGGUAGGAUCUUCAGUGUCUAGCAGAAAUUUUUUUAGCUGCUUUUUUUUUUUUUUUUAAUUUGUUUCGUUUGUCUUCUUUGUACUUAGCCAUUUCCAUGAUGUACUUGGCAAUAUAUCUUUUGAGGUACUCAA